AUGUUUGAUUCACCACCACAAACAUCGCCACCACCACCACCAAUCCACACUACUACAAAUAGACAUAGAAAUAUAAAUAAUAAUAAUAAUAUAUGGUUAGAAAAAGUUAAAUUAUUUGAUUUCUAUCCAAAAGUAGAUGACGAUGUACCAAGACAAAAAUCCACAUUUGGUGGUGUAGUUACAGUUGUUUGUUUACUUAUUACAGCAUAUUUAUUGAUAUCAGAGAUUUAUUUUUUUACAUUCCCAGUUAGGGAGCAUUCACUCAAAGUUGAUGUUACAAGAGGCAAUAGAUUACCAAUUAAUAUAGACAUUCACUUUCCAAGAUUGGUUUGCACAGAUAUCACCAUAGAUGUAGUCGAUGGGAUCGAUGGUAAACCAAUUAAAGAUGCAGCUUAUCAAAUUGUUAAAGAAAGAUUAGAUUCAAAAGGUGUACCAUUUGCAAAAGGUGUUGCCUUGGCUGGUAAAAAAGGUAUUUUUAGUAGUAGAUGUACAGAAUGUGAAUUCCCAAAACAAAAAAAAGGUUCAUCAGUAUUUUUUAGACAAAAGUGUUGUAAUAGCUGUGACGAUCUUAGAGAGUAUUAUAGAUUAAAUAGAAUUCCACAAAAUUUUGCAGAUGACGCACCACAAUGUCUCAUUGAAAGACCCAUUCAAGAUGAUGAAGGCUGUAGAAUCUAUGGAUCACUCCAAGUACAAAAAAUGAAAGGUGAUUUUCACAUUUUAGCAGGUUUAUCAGCAGAUGAAUCACAUGAUGGUCACGCACACCAUGUUCAUCGUAUUACCAAAGAGAAUAUUGGAAGAGUUACCCAAUUCAAUAUUACCCAUCACAUUCAUAAGUUUUCAUUUGGUGAUGAUAUCGACGGUUUAAUUAAUCCAUUGGAAGGUUUUGGAAUUGUUGCACAAUCAUUGGCCGUUCAAAACUACUAUAUUCAAGUUGUACCAGCAAUUUAUAAAAAGAAUGACUAUGUUUUAGAAACCAAUCAAUACUCUUACACCUACGACUACCGUAAUGUAAAUGUUUUUAAUUUGGGUCGUAUUUUCCCAGGUAUCUACUUUAAAUACGAUAUGUCACCAUUAAUGAUCGAAGUAGAUCAAACUUCCAAACCAAUUGUCGAGUUAAUCACUUCAAUUUGCGCCAUAGGUGGUGGAAUUUUUUACAUUUCAAUAUAA